AUGAACGAUUCCUAUGUAAAGAAAUAUUCUGUGGCCAGAGCAACUCAGGUUUUGAAAGUGCCAUAUUAUGUUAAGGAGAACUUUCAUAGUGAAUAUCAAGGUAGCUUACGUAGGCUAGAAAUUUCAAUUGAAGAAGAUUUUCUGAAUAAUUUAAGGCAAGCCUGUACCAGAGAGAAGAAUUACAGGGAGAAUAUAAUGUGGAAAGCCCGUAAUUUUGGAGAUCAAGAUCUGUUCAUAAAAGCAAAACAUCUCGAAACACCUUCGUGUAAAAAACUACAAGAACUGCAAGCAUAGUAUAUAAAACAUGUCAACUAAAACAAAAGUUUUGUGUGUUGUAGAUAGAUGUAUAAUAUACGAG